AUGGCCCCAGAUGCGCCAGCGCUGGACGGGCGCCGCCGCUGGCUACUGCCAUUCAUUUUCCUAGCAGUGAUUACAAUAGCUGUUGUGAUUGCUGUCACGCUGGUGGUGGUGCUCGUCGAUAGGAGCAAACCGAAGACUCCUUACGCUACCCCAUACCGCGUCACAUUUUCGCUGUAUCAGAUCGACGAGCCUCAGAAGCAAAUUCUAGCCAAGGUAGAAGCUGACGAUCCGGAUUCUGGAUGCUAUUACUUGGAAGACACAAAAGAAAUCAUCAAAAGCACGCUCGAUGGCCUGGGUGACGAAGCGGAAGUCGCUUUUCUUACCUAUGGACAGGCUGAAAAUUCCGUAUCCAUGACCGGAAUGAUGUCAAGAAGCGAUUCGAUGACUCAUCUAGACACCAUCCCCGCCCUGGCUGGCGUGAAACAAGCCAAUGAGCUAGCGGCCAUGAAACUCUAUUCAAACAAAAAGACCGAAAGUGAGCUUGUCUACUUUGUACCUUGUGAUGAAAUGUGCGUGACAUGUCCCAAAGCCCUGUUAUUCCUACUU